AUGAGCGAUUUGCACCAAGCUGCAGCGGCAGGGAAUUAUGAAAAAGUCAAGGAGAUUCUGAGGCACAAAAAAUGCAGUCCUAAUGAGAGGGACAUCGAAUGGAGGAACAAGACGCCUCUUCACUGGGCUGCAGGUAACGGACAAACAGAAAUGGUCAGGGUCCUCAUUGAUAAUGGAGCCCGGACAUGUCUGAGGACAGAGCAUGGAUGGACUCCCGCUCACUAUGCUGCAGAGGGUGGCCAUCUGGCAGUACUGCAGCUGCUACACUCCUUCCAUGCUCCUAUGGACAAGAGAGAUGAAUGUGGAGACAGACCAGUGCGGGUAGCUGAAAUAUAUGGACACUGUGACUGUGUUGAAUUCCUUCAGAAAGCAGAGCUCGAGUGCCAGGCCUACCGCAGGAUGUCAGCUGAACAGGGGAUUGCAAUGGAUGACUCAGAUGAGGAGUGGUCAGACAAUGGAAAAUAA